AUGGUACGGGAGCUCAAGAAGCUCAAGUGGCCUCGAUUCCAUGGGGACGCUCAAUGGAUCCGAUGUUUCGCGCACAUCCUCAACUUAAUUGUCCAGGGGAUUCUUUGGCCGUUUGGGAGUCACAAGAAGGAUGCAAAAGAUCGAGGACCGAUGGGUGCUGGCGAUGAUUCAGAUGGGUCAAUUUCUGAACAAGAAGAUCCUGAAGAUCAAAUCAGAGUGCUUCCUCGUGGCCGCCAGGAUAAUUCCGCCACCUCAGCAGGUGAUAAGUUAAGUGAUGAGGAAUCAGUGUACGGAGCAGAUGUGGAUGACGAUGAGUCACUUGAUGAGGCCAAUAUUGACAAUGCUAGCGAAGAGGAGGAGGAGGAUUGCUACACAUCCAUUUCUUGUAAACAGACUUUGGCGAAGUUCCGCGCAAUUGCAAAGAAAUUGAGGUUCUCUCCAGCUUCCAAGGCUGAAUUCUACAAGAUCUGUCAACAGAAGAGGUGUGAAAAACCACACAACAUUGAAAGAGAUGUACGAACUCGAUGGAACUCUACAAGUAUCCAAAUCAACAGCAUCAUCAGAUGUCAAGCAGCUAUUCUUGAGUGGCAGCGCCACAAAACGUAUGGGAUCGACCGUGUGCAUUAUUUGGAUCAGUCAGACCUGGACUUAGCUCACGAUCUAGCCAAGGUCCUCAACCUGUUUCACAAUAUCACACUUCAGAUAUCCAAAGCAGGCUCGGCUCGAUUGUCAAACAAAGUAAUAUUUAUCGACCAAAUCACUGAUCACCUCUCGACAAUCAUCAGUGAUUCAAAUUACCCACCUGCAUUGAGGAAUGCCUGCCAAGUAGGAUUAAAGAUAACAAAUAAAUACUACAGCUUAACUGACACCUCACCACUUUACAGGAUAGCAAUUUUUUUGCACCCAUCGUUCAAAGACGAGUACCAACGAUGA